AUGGACGACUUCACUGAAGAGGAGAUGACCAAACCAGUCACAGCUUCCCGUACAUCUUUGCCACUAUGGAUGAUUGCCCUCAUUGUGUUUGGAGUGUUGGCAAUCCUGGGAAUAACUAUUGGUCUCCUGGUUCAUUUUCUGGCCGUAGAAAACACAACCUACUAUUACCAAGGUACCUUCAAAGUGCUGGACAUCCCAUAUAAUAGAAAUUAUGAAAGGGAGACAUCAACAGAAACUAACUAUCUUAGCAAAAUUCUUGAGACUAAGAUGGUUGAUGCAUUUCAAAGUUCUGACAUUUACAGACAAUAUAUCAAUUCUCAAGUCAUCACACUGGUUCCUGAUAGCAACAGUGUGACAGCACACAUAUGGCUGAUAUUCAAGGCGCCCAGAUCAGUGAAGGAAAACAUAAGAGGAAGAAUUGAAAACAUCUUACGUCAGAUGCUGUGGAACCACUCAGGAUCCUUGACUACAGAUCCUAACUCCCUAAGGCUUGUGGAAAUCAGUAAGGUCAAUGCUGAAAAGAUUAUCAACAACCGCUGUGGGAGACGAGCAAGGAUGUCACCUACAUAUGAUAGAGUCAAGGGAGGUUCCAGUGCUCAGGAAGGAGAAUGGCCGUGGCAAGCAAGUCUCAAAAAGAAUGGCCAACACUACUGUGGGGCAUCUUUGAUCAGUGAAAGAUCCCUGGUGACUGCAGCUCACUGCUUUCAAAAGACAAAAAAUCCAAGAAACUAUACUGUCAGCUUUGGCACUAAAGUAAAUCCCCCCUAUAUGCAACAUGGUGUUCAACAAAUUAUUAUUCAUGAAGACUACAUCCAGGGUGAACAUCAUGAUGAUAUUGCAGUCAUCCUGCUCACUGAAAAAGUUUUAUUUAAGAAUGAUGUACAUCGAGUUUGUCUUCCUGAAGCCACACAGAUUUUUGCAGCAGGUGAAGGAGUUGUCGUUACAGGAUGGGGAGCACUUUCAUAUGAUGGUGAAUAUCCAGUGUUACUUCAGAAAGCACCUGUGAAGAUUAUUGAUACAAACACUUGUAACGCUAGGGAAGCAUAUAAUGGUCUGGUACAAGACACAAUGCUAUGUGCUGGGUACAUGGAAGGAAACAUCGAUGCCUGCCAGGGUGACUCUGGAGGACCACUAGUUUAUCCCAAUUCUCGAAAUAUUUGGUACCUUGUUGGAAUAGUGAGCUGGGGAGUCGAAUGUGGUAAAAUCAAUAAGCCGGGUGUCUACACACGAGUAACCGCCUACCGCAACUGGAUUGCCUCCAAGACUGGUAUCUAAGAGAAAAGCAUCUUGUAGCAACUAUCUUAGCUCACUUUUCCCUGUUACUCCUAAGCCUUAUUUAACAUGCAUUUUAAAUUAGUGUGUACAAUGGCUGUUUUGAAAGAACUGUGGUCCUGAGGGAGUAUUUAUGAACUUCAGUUUUAAACAGACUCUACAAGACAAAAAAAAGAAAUCUCAUGAUUAGUCAAGGAAGGCCUAUGCAAAGAAAUUACUCCUGUCAAAAAUGGACUAUUGUGAUUUGUUUUCUAUUUCGUGGACCUACAUCAUGAUUAUCUCAGCACAGCAUAAAGCUCUAGUUUUAGUCAUUCAGACUUUCUGGAAUUAUGAAAGUAUGUCCUUGUCCAUCGCAAGUUAGCAGAGAGCACUGUGAGAGACUGCAACCAAAACAUUCUGAGAGUUGGGUUGGAACAUGCUGUAUCUGCCUUCAAGUCAUAGAUUUUGUGGAAGGGGUGUCGUUGUGAACUAAAUCUGGUCAGAAUUUAGGCACUGAGAAUCUUUUUUUUUUCUGCUGCGGUCUUGAUCAACUCUUGCAAUCAUUGUGAAAGAAUUGCGUCAUCCUCAAAACUAGGCAAAACAACACAUUUUAGACUUACAGAGACCAGGUACACUAAUUCUUCAGUGUUGAUACAGGUUUCUGUGAAAAUUCUUUAUUUGUAACAUAGA